AUGUCCAACCCGCUCUCGCACCUGGGCAGAGGGGACUGCGCCGUCCUGGAUCCGGAUCCUGGAGACCUGGUCGUGGACCUUUCUGGGGGAGACUACGCUGUUGUUUGGGCCCCUGGGGUCUUGGAGGACCUGGAGGACCCUCUGCCUCUGGAGGCUGCUGCUCUUCUCCCGCCGCCCCCUGAAGAGGACCCAGGGGAGCCUGGGAUCUUGGUUCCUGGAGGUGAUGGGGUUCUAAUCCGCAUUCCUCCACAGGAGCUGUCCCAUCCACCUGUGGAGGUCCAGGCCAGGUCUCCUUCCCCCUCUCCUCCUAUUCCUGUUUCUGUCCCUUUAGGUGGAGCUGCGUUUCCCCCUGUCCUCUUCCAGGACUUAGACGAGAUGACUUUUCAGCCUCUGACUCCUGCUCCUCCCUCUCCUCUUCUUAUCUCCUCCCCCUCUCCCCCUUCCUCUCCUGGUUCCUCUUCAGGUAAACGCCACAGGAGGGACGACACUGAGGCCAUCUACAAGAGCUGCUCUUCUCCUGUUAUCUCUGUCUCCUCGUCUCCUUUCACUUCACCCCUCCCCUCUCUUCCUUCUUCUCCUCUGACUCUCUUUCCUUCCCCUGUUUUCCCCUCUGUCCUCUUCCAGGAUGAUGGAGAGACCACCAGCCUGAUGAACACUGGAGUCUGGAACACAGACACAUCUGUGUGUCCAGAGCCUGAUGAACACUGGAGUCUGGAACACAGACAUCUGUGUGUCCAGAGCCUGAUGAACACUGGAGUCUGGAACACAGACAUCUGUGUGUCCAGAGCCUGA